GUUUCAAUUGAGUUUGGUUUGGCUCCCUGAUACUGUGCACCCAACAUUGCCAAGUAAGAGAUGAAGAAGACGGGAAGAAGGUUCGAUGGAGGCGGGAGGUCCCUCUCCGAACAAAAGCAGAAGGUUCUCCGUUGUCGUCUGGAGACCUUCAAGCACCUCCGCUCCUCCUCUCUCGACGAAAUCGUCUACCAACUUCGCACUAAUUACAAAGACUACCACCGCAUCAAGCUCCAGUCUUUCACCAAGUUCGUCCAGCAAACCCUAGACUCCCCUUCCUUCAAGCUAUCCAAAACCCUAAUCCAUGUCAGCGACCUAGAAGACGACGAAGAAGAUGAAGAAGUCGACCAUAGCAAUUCCAAGAGGAGGCGGAAGGCCAAUAAGAUGGAGGAGAGAUUGCAGAGAAUGGAGACGGCGCACGUCAGAAGGAUUCGCCAGAGCAAUGGUGAUCGUCCAUCUUCAGAUGAUGAUGAUGAGGAAGAAGAGGAGGAUGAGGAUGGGGCGGUGUCGACAUCGGACUCGGACGACGCCAUAUACAGCGAGAAAGUGGAGCCGGAGUUUGAUGUGAUGAAAUCGAGCCUCCGGGCAUCUUAUAUGGGAUCCAGCAGCGCCUUGAAGCCCAAGGCGGCCGAGGAGAAGAAGGAGAAGAAUGUAGAAAUUGAGCUUCCUGGUCGCGAGAAGGUUGGGCUAAUGAGCGAAAAUGGAGGGCGAGGGGGGCAAGAGACAUUCCGAGAAGCUGAAGCCAAGGGAUCGGUUUCCAGAGAGGUUGAGGUGAAGGGGAGUGAGGGGCCGAGGUUUAGAGACUUAGGUGGGAUGGAGAAGGUGAUUGAGGAGCUGAAGAUGGAGGUGAUUGUGCCGCUUCGCCAUCCAGAGCUCCCGCUGUGGCUCGGAGUUAGGCCAAUGUCUGGGAUUCUGUUGUAUGGCCCCCCCGGCUGUGGCAAGACCAAAUUGGCUCAUGCCAUUGCCAAUGAAACCGGCAUUCCCUUUUAUAAGAUUUCUGCCACCGAAGUCGUCUCUGGUGUCUCAGGUGCAUCCGAAGAAAAUAUACGAGAGCUUUUUUCUAAAGCUUACAGAACUGCCCCUUCAAUUGUAUUUAUUGAUGAAAUUGAUGCAAUUGCUUCGAAAAGAGAAAGUUUGCAGCGUGAGAUGGAGAGGCGAAUUGUCACACAACUAAUGACUUGCAUGGAUGAAUCUCAUAGGCUUGUGCAAUCAGCUGAUGCAGAUUCUAACUCACAAAGUUCAGAUAACAAGUCUGGCUAUGUUCUUGUAAUUGGAGCGACCAAUAGGCCUGAUGCUGUUGACGGUGCUCUAAGGAGGCCUGGUCGAUUUGACCGUGAGAUUGUUUUAGGCGUUCCAGAUGAAAAUGCUAGGGUUAAGAUUCUUUCUGUGCUUACACGCAACCUAAAACUUGAAGGUUCUUUUGAUCUUCUUAAAAUAGCCAGGUCGACACCAGGGUUUGUUGGGGCCGAUUUGAAAGCCUUGGCUGACAGAGCUGGUAACAUUGCCAUGAAAAGGAUUAUACACAAGAGGAAGACUGAUAUGUCGGUAGAUACCAUGGAUGAGGAAGGCAAUGAAGAGUGGUGGAUGCAACCAUGGUUGCCUGAAGAAAUGGAAAAGCUCACAAUCACUAUGGCUGAUUUUGAGGUCAGUUGAGUGGUUCAGCCGUCGUCAAAAAGAGAAGGAUUCUCUGCAAUUCCAAAUGUAAAAUGGGAAGAUGUUGGUGGAUUAGAUCUUUUAAGGAAGGAGUUUGAUCGCUAUAUUGUUAGACGUGUUAAAUAUCCUGAGAACUAUGAGGAAUUUGGAGUAGAUUUAGAGACAGGAUUUUUGCUCUAUGGGCCUCCUGGAUGUGGUAAAACACUGAUAGCAAAGGCUGUCGCUAAUGAAGCAGGAGCAAAUUUCAUUCACAUUAAGGGGCCCGAACUUUUGAAUAAAUAUGUUGGAGAAAGUGAGUUGGCAGUUCGGACAUUGUUUAGUCGGGCAAGGACAUGCUCACCAUGUAUACUUUUCUUUGAUGAGGUUGAUGCAUUAACAACAAAGCGGGGGAAAGAAGGCGGAUGGGUUAUUGAGCGGCUGCUGAAUCAGCUACUUAUAGAGUUAGAUGGCGCAGAGCAGCGACGAGGUGUAUUUGUUAUUGGUGCCACUAAUAGACCCGAUGUAAUGGACCGUGCUGUUCUGCGGCCCGGUAGGUUCGGUAAACUUAUUUAUGUCGCCCCACCCACAAAAGAUGAGCGUGGUUUGAUCUUAAAAGCACUUGCGAGGAAGAAGCCUAUUGAUGCUAGUGUAGAUCUGAGUGAGAUUGGACAAAGGGAAUUGUGUGAAAAUUUCAGUGGAGCUGAUCUUGCUGCACUGAUGAAUGAGGCUGCUAUGGCUGCUCUUGAAGAGAAAUUGACAUUACCUGAGAGGAUUUCAGAUGCAUCUACAUGGACGAUAAAAGAAUCUCACUUUGAGAAAGCACUGGCUAAGAUCGCAGCAUCUGUAACUGACCAGCAAAUGCAAUACUAUAAGAGAUUUGGUGAGAGCCUCAAAGCACCAAGAAACAAAACAUAAGCCACAAGUGUCGCAGUGAAGAGUAAGUUGUAAAUGUUCUUAAGAGCAACGGUUAGAGAGAAUGUGCGAGAAGAAAGCAAAUUUUGACGGUGAUCAUUAAAAAAUUUUGAAGACAAGGGUUGGGUAUUUAUAUUAUUUGCCCAUUUUCUUGUAUUUAUUCAUAGAAUGUAAAUUAGAAUCGUGGCAACAGUUAGAGAAUGUUUGAGAACAAAGCAAAUUUUGAUAGGGAUUUUUUAUAAAUAUUUUCCCAUUCUCCUUUA